AUGGUGGCUCAACAAGCUAUAUCCAUGAGAUUUUGCUCACAACCAACUCUCAAAGCCUUACACCCAAUCCUUCCUAUAUCGGUGAACCCGACACUCGACACACUCCGUACCAAGAGAUAUCGACUCAUAGCGCUAAAAUCCUCUCGACAAGACGUUCAUCCUCAAGUUCAAGAAAGCGAACCAGCGAGCUCAUAUUCACAACAUUUUUCCAAGGGUGAAAGCUUAAACUCGGCCCUCGAUUCACUAGAACAAAUGGCUCGAGACGGCAUUCUUGUAGACUCGAGCCACGUCCUUCAGCUAAUGCAAGUUAGCGGCGACUCGAAAUCGCUUCACGCCGGCGACAGGAUUUACGAGCACGUCGUGAGAUUCUCGUCCGAGUACGAUAUUUCGAUCUUCAAUAAGUUAAUGAGCAUGUAUUUCAAGAUGGGAGACUACAGAAGAGCCGGACGAGUCUUCGAGCAGAUGGUCUCCAAGGACUUGGAUUCUUGGAACACGUUCGUUUCUGGCUUGGCCGAGAGCGGACAAGAGGAGGCCGCCAUCCGAGUUUUCUCGAGACUCGUGGAGGAAAAUGGAGAUUCUAUAAAACCAGACGAGAAGACUUUCUUGAGUGUCCUCAAGGCGUGCGAGAGUCUAGGCGCGGUCGAGAGAGGAAAGGCGUAUUUCGAGUCGAUGAGUCGUGAUUACCGCAUUAGUCCCUCAUUGGACCACUAUGAAAUCUACGUUAAUCUCGCGAGGAAUUCAAACGGGUCGAAUGGUGGAGCGAAAAAGGCUGGUUAUGUACACGACACUCGAUAUGUGCUCCAUGAUACUGACCAGGAAGCUAAGGAGAGAGCCUUGCUUUAUCACAGUGAAAGAUUAGCCAUAGCUUAUGGGCUUAUCAGCACAGCUCCUGGUACAACAUUGAGGAUCAUCAAGAACCUCAGGAUUUGUGGGGACUGCCACAAUUUUAUCAAGAUAUUGUCUAGCUUUGAGAAAAGAGAGUUUAUUGUGAGAGAUAAUAAGAGGUUCGUUACAUGUUCUUCACCCGCCCCGACACCUGUUAAUGGUCAACGUAUUCGGCCUGUUCUGACCAGAUCGGAGCCGGAUUUCAUACCAAUACUCGUGUCGUGUCAACAAGGGUACGCCGGCAGUAGGUGCCGAGUCCGGCUGCUCUUAAGCACUCGAGGACACCACCAGCCAAUCUCGUUGAAUUCUCAUCUGACACUGAACAUCCAAGCGAAAGAACCAUGUAGUUGGGAAUUUCUGAUGAGUGCACCAGAUGACUUGCCGAGGACACUUUGAACCAAGGGUCGUCUCCAAUGAACUUAGCUUCUUGGUAACGAUAAUGUUUGUGACCCUUGAUAAAGUUUCUCAAGCAGACAUCACAAAAUAUGCGGACAUAUUUCUCCUAGAAAAUUAUGCAGCAUUUCAAAACAGUCUGUACGACCUAGCUAAUGUUGUGCCUACUUUAGCAAAAUUGUAUCACCAAGCAAGUGAAGCUUAUGAGCAAGCUUGUAUGCGCUUUAUAAGCACAAUCAUAUACGGCCACUGUUCAUAUAUAUCCUUUACAGAACUUAAAACUAAAGUAUUGAGGUAAAAAUCGCAGAUCCCAUUCCAAAUCGGUUUGUCCAAAGCAGAUCUCAGGAAGGUUGUAAAGUCGAGUUUAUCCGGGGUUGACAAGUCUAUAACCGCAAUGUAUAAGAAAUUGCAAAAGAAUCUGACCUCUGAGGAACUGUUGCCUUCGUUGUGGGACAAGUGCAAGGCGGAGUUCCUCAACAAGUAUGAUAGCUUUGCUCAACUAGCUGCUAAAGUCUAUCCGUCUGAGAAAAUCCCGUCCGUCUCGGAAAUGAGAGAUCUAUUGGCAUCCAUGUAGAGGAGCAGUGAGUUUUGAUAACUCCUCAAGUUUUCAAUUAUAGAAGAUGUUCGUGGUGAUCUUUAAUUUUUUUUCCUUUUUUUU